AAGUGGGAUAAAUGAAGUUCCCUUUCCACAGCUGGCGAUGGCGGAUGUUGUUGAAAAAGAAAGCAUGAAGAAUUACCAAAUAGCGUCUGAGAAAAUUAACCCUGAGACCAGUCGCUUCCCUUACUGUGUUGUGUGGACACCCAUCCCCGUGUUGUCAUGGCUGUUUCCAUUCAUCGGCCACAUGGGAAUCUGCACUUCCACCGGUGUCAUCCGGGACUUUGCAGGACCUUACUUUGUCUCUGAAGACAACAUGGCUUUUGGUAGACCGACAAAGUACUGGAUGCUCGACGUAAGCAACGUCUACGCGAGCGGCUCUAACGCCUGGGACACGGCGGUGCACGAUGCUUCAGAGGAGUACAAGCACAGGAUGCACAACCUCUGCUGUGAUAACUGUCACUCUCACGUUGCCAUGGCUCUGAAUCUGAUGCGAUAUGAGAACAGCACCUCGUGGAACAUGGUCAACCUCUGCCUGCUCGUGCUCAUCCACGGAAAACACGUCAGCUGUGGCGGCUUUCUGAAGACCUGGCUGCCCUUCCUCAUGCUGACGGUCAUCAUCCUCGCCGUGGCCCUGGCCUUCAACCUGCGGUGACCUGGGAGGCAGGUGGAGGACAAGAGGACCCCUGCAGGUCCAAUGUGGGGUUGACCUUUUUACACAACGAGGGGGAGGGUAGGGGGGGCAUCACACGGUGUCCAGGAGAUAAAAGACUACUUACCUCAGAGAGAGGGUCGUGGAGCGGGGAUGUCCGACACACGCUGGGUUUGUGAGAAGCAGGCGGACUGUUAGCGGCUGAAAGUGAUUUCGUAUCGGUUAUUUAUGUCGUGACCGAGCGCCCGCCGCGCAAACACUUGAUGGAUUAUGAUUAUCGGAAGCCAGAGAGCCGGUUCAAGCCAUCGCAACCUGCAAAGCGUAGACGUGGUGAAGCUGAAAGUUGGGAAAUAGAGGGAUUUCACUCUCAUGCCUUGCUUCCAGAUUUUUUUAUAAUUUUCCUAUGUAACAGAUUGGGAGGGAAUCCCAUAAUUCACUGCUUCCAGAAUGCCAUUUUUAUACAAACAUGUUACAUCGGUUAGAAGCGUCUUCUAGUGAUUCUAAUGCAUUUCCUGCUCAACGCGUCUCAGCAGUAUUUUCUUACAUCUUCUAAAACUGAAUGUCUUUCUCAGAGAUGUGUCUUACAUGCAUGACAUACCUCGCCUCAUGGUACUUCUUUAAAGAAUGUUUUCAAACCUCUUUUCGACUACAGAUCAUCUGCGCAGCGAUUGUAGCAAACUCCAUGAAUGUGGCUGCGGUUAAAACCCAGAGGAGGGUUCAGCUUUUGGUUUGUUUCUCCUGUGCCAAACUCAAACUGUGUCAUUGAAUAUCUGACUUUUGAUUUAGUCGAACAGCUCGUUAGCAACUCCUGAGUUAUUGAACGAAAAGCCUCUUGUGCCCCUUUUCCACUGAAAGACAGUUUGGUUCAAGCUCUCUCCGGUGCUUGUUUCAGAAUACCUCAGAAUACCUUUACUCGUCCCACAGAGGGGAAGUUUUCAAGGUCUCUGCAUUUGACCCAUCCUGGUGUUAGGAGCAGUGGGCUGCCAUUAUGCACAGCGCCCGGGGAGCUGUGUAGGGAACGGUGCCUUGCUCAGGGACACCACGGUAGCACUUGGUCUUUUCGGGACCUGAACUGGUGACCUUCCAGUUCCCAGGCCAAGUCCCUAUGGACUUUUGCAGCCACCGCCCUACCGUUUGAUUCUCAGUGAGUUUUAAGUGAGAUCUUGUUUUGUUUUCCACCGCCCAAGUGGUGCCACAUCAAGACAUCACUGCUUACUUCACUGGUUUUCUCGGCAACGCCAAUGGUGGACUGCGUAGGGUCGGUUCCCAUGUUGCUUUUAAUCGUACAAAGCCAGAUUAAAUGAACGGACGACUUCUCCAACUUGAUACUCUUCUCCAGAGUGCCGUUACCAAAGCUGGAGAGUAGCUACUCACUGUCACACACGCAACACCCCUAGUUUCCCAUCACAAUAAGUGAAUGUUUUUUCAGUUUGAAUCGACACUUUGGGAUUAAACGUCGUCACUAAAGUGUCUCUGGUAUUAGAUGGGUGAUGUUAGCUUAUAAUAAUAAUAACUAUAAAGCUUUAUUUAUAUGGCACUUUUCAUACGGCACGUGUUGCUCAAAGUGCUUUACAGAAUGGCACACAUCACAAGUUAAAAACAAAGAAGACAGUCCCCUCAGAUCAGAUGUUCAGACCUUUACAUGCAGCAUAGCAACACAGAAUAACAUUUCAACAGGUUAAGAGACACAUUGAACUAAAAGGUGUGGUACUACAAAUAAAAUAAAUCAGGGUUCCUCAGAAAAAAUAAGAUAUAAAA